AUGUACACGCUGCUGUCGGGCCUAUACAAGUACAUGUUCCAGAAGGACGAGUACUGCGUCCUGAUCCUGGGUCUGGACAACGCCGGGAAGACGACCUUCUUGGAGCAGUCAAAGACCCGAUUCAACAAGAACUACAAGGGGAUGAGUCUGUCCAAAAUCACUACCACCGUGGGCCUAAACAUCGGCACUGUGGACGUGGGAAAGGCCCGCCUGAUGUUCUGGGACUUGGGGGGGCAGGAGGAGCUGCAGUCUCUGUGGGACAAGUACUAUGCAGAGUGUCAUGGCGUCAUCUAUGUCAUCGACUCCACGGACGAGGAGCGGCUGUCUGAGUCCAAACAGGCGUUUGAGAAGAUGGUCAUAAGCGAGGCGCUGGACGGUGUCCCUAUCCUGGUGCUGGCCAAUAAGCAGGAUGUUGAGACUUGCCUCUCCAUCCCUGACAUCAAGACUGCGUUCAGCGACUGUGCCUCCAAGAUCGGCAGGCGGGAUUGCCUGACCCAGGCCUGCUCGGCCCUCACUGGCAAGGGGGUGCGUGAGGGCAUUGAGUGGAUGGUGAAGUGCGUCGUGCGGAAUGUGCACCGGCCGCCGCGGCAACGGGACAUCACGUAG